GGGUAAGCCGGCAAAACAAAAAGAAACGCCAACCUACAAAAGAAAGAGAGAUCGAAAAAGAAAAAAAAAAGAUAAGAGCGUAUCCUUGCACCAAUGAUGUCGGAGCUCGCCGGACUGGUUCUCCAUGCCGGAGUAGAAAAGUCCACUGGGGUGACUGGGCCUGGUCUAACCUCCACUUGAUCACCAUAAAAAUAUCACAUAGCUUGAGAGGCGGUCGCCGGAAGCCACUGGACGCCAGAGAAAAGAUAGAACUCGCCAGAGGAGAGACCGUAGUUGUUUCGCCGGACUGUCGAAUCAUUGUCACGCCGGAGGAGGUGAACCCAAUAUUAUCCGGGACGAUGCCGUCUCUCUCCAGGAUCGCCGUUGCCUGUUGCUGAAGCAGCUUAAAGGGUCGCCGGUGGGAGAAGCUACGCCAUCAGCUGUCACCGUUCCUUCGUCCAGUUGCCGGAGAAGAAGUGUACGUACAUAGGUGAUUAUUUAGAGACAAGAAUAGAGGAGGAGAACUAGGGGCAUCGGAUUUGAGUCCCCCAAUAUUUUGACCCAUUUGACCUAGCUCCUAAUGACCGGCUACCCUAGCUCCGGCUCUCGUUCACGUCUGGCAAGUGGGCAAGCGCAUUCUUGGCUGCGAUCAAGACCCAAGUAACACACCGCUUAUUGUAGCUCGUCCAGGGGAG